AUGGCCGUGACGGCGGCGUUGAACGGCGUCGGGCUGGCGCUGCAGAUCCCGGCGAUCUUCGCCUUCGUCGCGGACUCCGUCGACGGCACGAACAGGGGCAUGGCCUUCGGGUGGCUCAUGGUGGCCAGCAAGGCCGGCACCGUGGGCGGCACCACCCUUGGCCUACUCAUGGCGCCCACCUCGUUCUUUGGUGUUCCGGGUUGGCGGCUCGCCUUCCUCCUGCUCGCCGCCGUGGGGGCGGCGGUCGGCUUGUCCAUCCGUGCGUUCUCGGCCGCCAGCAAGGCCGCUGUCCGGGCCGCCAAGCCGGUGCGGCAAGAGCUGCAGGACUUCGCGAGGGAGGCGAAGGCCGUGCUACGGAUCCCGUCGUUUCAGGUCAUCGUCGCGCAGGGACUCACGGGUUCGUUCCCCUGGUCCGCGCUGUCCUUCACGGCUAUGUGGCUCAAGAACUCGGGCCGCAUCAUCCUCGCGCAGAUCAGCGCCGGCUCGGCGAUCCCCCUCGCCGGCGUCCUGCUGCUCGCGCUCCCGAACGAGCCGGCGACUUUCGCCCACCACGGCGCCGCGCUGUUCGUCAUGGGCUUCAUGGCUUCCUGGAACACCUCGGCCACGAACAGCCCGAUACUGGCCGAGAUCGUGCCGCCGCGGUCGAGGACGAGCGUGUACGCGCUGGACCGGACGUUCGAGGCCGUGCUCGCCUCGUUCGCUCCCCCGGUGGUCGGCAUGCUCGCCGAGCGCCUCUAUGGCUACAAGCUGGUGCGCUCGGCUGUGAGCGGCGCAGAGCACGCGGCCUCCGUCGAGACGGACCGGCACAACGCGACCUCCCUCGCCAGGGCCCUGUACACCGCGAUCGCCAUCCCCAUGGCGCUGUGCUGCCUCGUCUACUCGUUUCUGUACUGCACCUAUCCCAGAGACAGAGACCUGGCGCGGGCUGAGACGGCGCGAGAUGGAGGUGGAGCCCGUCCCGGCGGCGAGGGGUCCGACACCGAGGAUGAAGGGGAGGAGAGGGAGCUGCUGCCACAGUGA